CUCUGCCGGACUGUGGAUCCCGCCGCCCGGGCGGCCACUGCUUUGCUGGGAGAGCGCCCUGAGGAGCCCACGUUAGUGCCACUGGGGGUCGGACCAGGCUGUAGAGGGAGACAAGGACAGAGACUGGUGAGCGCCGCCGGCCGGCCCCCAGACCCCAGGCUCUGACGGCCGAGACCGGGACAUGCACGGGGGACUGGGGAAAACAAGGGAGCCGCGGAAGCAGGACAAAGCGUAAGGCAGGAAUCUCGGUGCCUGGGAGAAGCCAGGACAAGGAGGGACGGCUGGGGCCACAAACCAUGCUGAAGACAGGAAGGUGGCAGGAAGCUGAAGUGGACGGCGGGGAAGCGGUGGAGCCCGGCGGCCGGAGGGAGUGACUCAGGUCCCGCCCCCAGACCUGCUGGCAGGGUCCUCGCUGACUCCAGGGACGCCUGGGCUGUCCUAUGAUAUGCCUGUAGGAAUUUUGCAAGAGGAGACCUGGUGAGCUGCUGUAUGGGAAUUACAGACCUCAUGUAUUUUUCCUUUGGAUCACAGCGUCCUUCCUAGAGUCCAGUCUCAACCAAUGGGAGGAUCUAGCCAUGGUGAGACGAGAAAUUUCCUCCGGCAGUUACUAGGCACCCACAGAUUCGCGCUGACGUGACCUAACCGACGCACGCGCCGCGGGGCGUGGUCGGUCCCCGUCUAGGGCCAGCUGGGAAGCUGGAGGAAGGAGCAUGCGCGGAAGCCCUUAAGCGUGCGAGGUGAAGGUACGGCUCCCGGGCUAUGGCGGAGGAGCAGGGCCAAGAUGAGGACCUGGGUCCUAAACCGUCCGUGCUGUUUCUGCACCCGGACCUGGGUGUGGGCGGCGCCGAGCGGCUGGUUGUGGACGCAGCGCUGGCGCUGCGGGCGCGCAGAUGUAGCGUGAAGAUCUGGACGGCGCACUACGACCCCGGCCACUGUUUCGCGGAGAGCCGCGAGCUGCCAGUGCGCUGCGCCGGGGACUGGCUGCCUCGCAGCCUGGGCUGGGGCGGCCGCGGCGCCGCGAUCUGCGCCUACGUGCGCAUGAUCUUCCUGGCUCUGUACGUGCUGUUCCUUGGCGACGAGGAGUUCGACGUGGUAGUGUGCGACCAGGUGUCUGCCUGUAUCCCAGUGUUCAAGCUGGCCAGACGACGUAAGAAAAUCCUGUUUUACUGUCACUUCCCAGAUCUGCUUCUCACCAGGAGAGAUUCUUUUAUUAAACGCCUAUACAGGGCCCCAAUUGACUGGGUAGAGGAGUACACCACAGGCAUGGCAGACUGCAUCUUGGUCAACAGCCGGUUCACAGCUGCCAUUUUUAAGGAAACGUUCAAGUCCCUGUCUCACAUAGACCCCGAUGUCCUCUACCCAUCUCUGAAUAUCACCAGCUUUGAUUCAGCUGUUCUUGAAAAGCUUGAUGACAUAGUCCCCAAGGAGAAAAAAUUCAUACUCCUCUCCAUCAACAGAUAUGAAAGGAAGAAAAAUCUGACUUUGGCACUAGAAGCCCUAGUAAAGCUGCGUGGAAGAUUGUCAUCCCAAGAUUGGGACAAAGUUCAUCUGAUCAUUGCAGGUGGUUAUGAUGAGAGAGUCCUGGAGAAUGUACAACACUACCAGGAAUUGAAGAAAAUGGUCCAGCAGUCUGACCUAGGCCAGUAUGUGACUUUCCUUCGGUCUUGCUCGGACAAACAGAAAAUCUCACUCCUCCACGGCUGCACAUGUGUGCUUUACACACCAAGCAAUGAGCACUUUGGCAUCGUUCCCUUGGAGGCCAUGUACAUGCAGUGCCCAGUCAUUGCUGUUAAUUCAGGCGGACCCUUGGAGUCCAUUGUCCACAGCGUCACAGGGUUUCUGUGUGAGCCUGACCCAGUUGACUUCUCAGAAGCAAUAGAAAGGUUCAUCCAUGAACCUUCCUUAAAGGCCACAAUGGGACUGGCCGGAAGAGCCAGGGUGAAAGAGAAGUUUUCCCCUGAAGCAUUUACAGAACAGCUUUACCAAUAUGUCACCAAACUGCUGGUAUAAUCAGAUUUUUUUCAGGUCUUUAUGCUGUAUUCAUUAACAUCACAUUUGUAGAUUGUUGACCCAGUUUUGAAACCAAAGAAAAAAAGCCUAGUAUCUAGGGCAGAAGAGAUUUUUUUUUUAACAUACUUGAAUCUUGAAUCUGAAUCACCUUCCUGUACCCCAUAUCUCCCAGUCUGCUUUUUUAGAAAAAAAUAGUAUCUUUUAGACUAUAAUAAUUCUGAGUCUUACCAGUGUUGAUUAAGAUAUAAAUAUGGUACAAUUUCACAUUCAGCAGAAUAUUUUAAUUAUAUGUUCUCUAGAUUGUUGCUCUACUUAUAAAUUUUGAGUUAUAUUGUACCUUAUUUGGUUUUAACACUUUAAGUGUGUCAUCAUCAAAGUUGAUUAAUUUGGCUUCAUAGUGUAAUGAGAAGACACUGUAGUUUCCAGAAUCAGUCCACCUCAGUGUUCAUUGAACUCUGUUAGGAAAUUUUUGUUAGUCAUACCUUUGCCUGAAUCCAUAGCAAUAAUGCUUUGUUGUUUUUUUUUUAACAAAGAUGAUUUGUUGUGUUUUUGCACACAGACAUGACAAUAAAUGAUGUUUAUCAUAGGAAAAGACAAAA